AUGGCAGAUCAGGCCUUUGUUACACUGACCACAAAUGAUUCCUACUCCAAAGGAGCCCUGGUGCUGGCCUUGUCUCUGAAACAGCACAGGACCACCAGGAGGCUGGCGGUGCUUGCCACUCCACAGGUCUCGGACUCCAUGAGGAAAGUUUUAGAGACAGUCUUCGAUGAAGUCAUCAUGGUAGAUGUUUUGGACAGUGGCGAUUCUGCUCAUCUGACCUUAAUGAAGAGGCCUGAGUUGGGUGUUACUUUAACUAAGCUCCACUGCUGGUCACUUACACAGUAUUCAAAAUGUGUGUUCAUGGAUGCAGAUACUCUGGUCCUAGCAAAUAUUGAUGAUCUUUUUGAGAGAGAAGAAUUGUCAGCGGCUCCAGACCCUGGAUGGCCUGACUGCUUCAAUUCUGGAGUCUUUGUGUUUCAACCUUCAGUGGAAACAUACAGCCAGCUGCUUCUCGUUGCUUCCGAGCAAGGUAGUUUUGAUGGUGGGGACCAGGGUUUACUGAAUAUGUUUUUUAGCAGCUGGGCAACAACAGAUAUCAGAAAACACCUGCCAUUUAUUUAUAACCUAAGCAGCAUUUCUAUAUACUCCUACCUCCCAGCAUUUAAAGCGUUUGGUGCAAAUGCCAAAGUUGUGCAUUUCCUGGGACGAAUCAAACCGUGGAAUUAUACCUAUGAUCCUAAAACAAAAAGUGUCAAAAGUGAGUCCCAUGAUCCCACCAUAACUCACCCUGAGUUUCUCAGCUUGUGGUGGGACAUCUUCACCACCAGUGUUUCACCUCUGCUGCAGCAGUUUGGCCUCAUCUCAGAUACCCACCCGCACCUCAAUGUGGAAGAUGUCUCUGGAGCCAUGUCACAUUUGUCCGUUGGGGAGACUCCGGCUACGGCACAGCCUUUUGUAUCCUCAGAAGAACGGAAGGAGAGGUGGGAACAGGGCCAGGCUGAUUACUUGGGAGCAGAUUCCUUUGACAACAUCAAGAGGAAACUUGACACUUACCUCCAAUAG